UGUGCUAGACGUCUGCUCCGUCUGCCGAAGAAGUCAUCGGCUUUGUUUACGUUUAUACCCAAACAAGAGGCUGACCGUGUUUUGAAAUCAAAGUGCUAUAAAAAAACGAGAAAAAGAAGGAUAAAGAAGUUCAACUGUACGAAAAUAGAAUUUUUCUUUUUAUGUAUACGAUAUAUAUGUCAAUACUGUAAGUUAUUAUGGGUGACAAAUCAAAAUAUUAUAAAAAGAGACGAAAAACAAAGGAAACUGUCGAAAAUCAUACUGAACCACACCAAGAUGAAACAAGUUGUAAUUCGGAUAAUCUGGACGUUGGCAGGAAUUUAGAUAUUCCGUACUAUGGAUGGAGAUUGUUUUUUCCUGAUAAAGAAUAUAAAACCAACGGUAAUAUUACGAAGCACAUUAAAGCUGUAGAAGCCUUUAUAGAAAGACACGAAGCGCUAUCUUCAUUGUUCACAAUGGCAAAUUUUGAAGCAGGAUUGUCUUUCGACAUCGAUAUAUAUGACUUGUACAAUGAUGAUGAAUUUAUAGAGGAAUGGCCAAAUUUCAAGGAUGAAUUAUAUGAGGAUCCAACAAACACGCUAAACUGUAUAAAACUUGGUAUUCAUCAGAAAAUUUUAGAGACAGUACCAGACGAAAAUUUACAGUAUGUUCUGAAAUCUAUUAGCAGUUUACCAAACAUUAAAUUAGGUAUAUUAAAUUAUCAACCAAUCACAUGUUUGCGAGAUCUUAAAUUAAAUUGUUAUGGAAAAUUGUUAUCUACCAGAGGUUGUGUGAUAAGAGUUGGUAGAGUAAAAUAUCUUGCACAGUGGAUAGUAUUUGCCUGUUCCAAAUGCCGUUUGCAAAAAUUAGUCAAACAGAAGCAAGAAACAUAUACAUUGCCAAAAAAAUGUGAUGUCUGUGGUGUAUCAAAAUUUUAUCCAGUUUUAGACUCGCUUUGUACAAAAACUGUCUUAUGCCAAAUAAUUAGAAUACAAGAACCAUUGAAUGAUGACCAGGAGACUAAAGGUAGAGUACCUAAAAUACUUGAUGUAGAACUUCUGGAUGAUUUAGUUAAUAUCUGUAUGCCUGGCGAUGAUAUAACACUUACAGGCAUCAUCAAGGUUCAAGGAGUCGAUGAUGGUACAACUAAAGCACAAGUUGGGACUCCAUUUUCGUUAUACAUGAAGGCAAUAACGGUUAUUAAUAAUAAACAUAGGUAUCCAAAUAAAAGUUCUAUGAGCACCGAAAUUUCCCUAAAAAAUUAUUUAGCUAUACAGGAUAUAUAUAAAGAACCAAAUCUUUUUGCAUUGUUAGUGCAUUCGUUAUGUCCUAAUAUAUACGGGCAUGAGAUAGUUAAAGCUGGAUUGAUAUUAAGUUUAUUUGGAGGUAACGCAAAACAUGCACAAUUACGAGACGAUAUACAUAUCCUGUUAGUCGGAGAUCCUGGUCUUGGCAAAUCGCAGUUGUUACAAGCGUGUGGUCGAAUAUCUGCAAAAGGUGUAUAUAUUUGUGGCAAUUCAAGUACAUCCUCAGGAUUAACGGUAACGCUUACAAAAGAACCGGGAUCAAAUGAUUUUGCUUUGGAACCUGGUGCUUUAGUUUUAGCAGAUCAAGGUUGUUGCUGUAUCGAUGAAUUCGAUAAAAUGUGCUCUCAGCAUCAGGCGUUAUUAGAAUCGAUGGAGCAACAAAGUAUCACUGUUGCAAAGUCAGGUAUAAUAUGUUCCCUUCCUGCACGGAUAUCAAUCCUCGCAGCGGCAAAUCCUAUCGGAGGGCAAUACGACAAGAGUAAAACAAUAACCGAAAAUCUAAAUAUUAGUCAGCCUAUUCUCUCGCGAUUUGAUUUGAUUUUUUUAUUAUUGGAUAAACCAAAUGCGCAUUUUGAUAAUCUAUUAUGCAAGCAUAUCAUGACUGUUCAUAGCAAUUCACAUGCAAAUCCCAAUGAAGAAGUUAUCAAAUUAUUAUCUUCCAACAAUGAAUGUGCUUUGAGGGAAAAGCUGAUAUUACCAUUAUCCACUAAAAUUAUACCACAGCCUAUUCUUCGAGCUUAUAUUUCCUAUGCUCGUGAAUAUGUGAAACCAAAAUUAUCCGCUGAAGCUGCAACAGUAUUACAAAAUUAUUAUUUAGAACUUCGAUCGAAAAAUAAACAAUUUGGUAGUAUGCCAAUAUUCAAUAGACAAUUAGAAGCCAUGAUUCGAUUAACUGAGGCUAGGGCAAAACUGGAAUUACGUAUUGAAGCAACCGAAGCGGAUGCAUUAGAUGUAAUAGAUAUAUUGCGAUAUGCAACGAGAGAUACGGUAGAAGAUACGGUAGAAGAUACAAUGCCGAAAUUACAAUCUGAUGGUAAAUUGACAAAUAAGAAGAUAAAAAUGUUUAUAAAGAUACUAGAAAAAAGGGUAAAAGCAACUAAGGAACAAAUAUUUUCAGUGAAAGAUUUGGAAGCGCUUGCGACAUCCGAAAAUAUUGUAAUAAAUGAUUUUACUGUUUUAAUUUCAAAAUUAAAUGAAGAAGGAAUUUUAUUAAAAAUUAGGAAAGAUACGUAUAAAUUUAUUCACACUUCGUAAUUCGAUGCAAUGUUUAUAUAAUGUAAUAUGAAAUAUAUAUGUAUAUAU